AUGAAGAUCAAUGAUGAGGCCAGACAGUUAAAGGUUGAAAAUUCUAAACUUUUUUCCCAAUAUGCUUGCACAGAGACAUCUCUCGCCAAAUAUAAAGCUGAAUAUUAUGCAAAAUCAGAGAAAGUAAAAUUAUUUCAAUCUGUGAUUAAUUCAUUUCUCCCAAGAUACUUUGAUAAGAAUAAUCAGCCGGAUGGUCCUGAGAGAACCGAUUCAUAUGCAAAAAGUGGUGACGAAAAAAAUAAUAAGCUAGAGAGCUCUAGUGCUUCUUCAGAACAAAUCAUACCUGUUACUAUUUGCAAAGAAAAGAUUUUAUUAGGUGGCUUGGGGAACUCUAUUGAUAUAGACAAAUUAUUAUCAUCGAAUUUUGAGAGCAUCAUGCCAAAAGAAAAAGUCAGAUAUCCCAUCUACAAAAAAUAUAUAAAUAGAAAAGAGGUACCAAAGGUACCAGAUAGGCCAGGAAUAACAUCUAAAUAUCUACCAUAUAAGUACUGGCACUAG